GCGAAGCAAGUCUCGUCGGAUGCCGAUCUCGUCAUCCUUGCUGUGGGAGCUGCGUGGAACAGCGAUGCUGAGAAUGGAGAUCGUGCUACUCUCUCCUUGCCCAAAGAUCAAGAAAACCUUGUGCAUGAAGUCUUCGCAACAGGAAAACCCGUUGUUUUAGUGAUAGAAGGUGGACGACCUUUCGCAAUUCCUGAUUUCUACGCAAAGUCUGCAGCUGUUUUGAGUACCGGCUACCUUGGUCAGGCAGCGGGCCAGGCCAUUGCAGAUGUCCUAUUCGGGAAGUACAAUCCUGGAGGCCGGCUGACGAUGAGUAUCCCCUACGAUGUCGGGGCCAUUCCGGCAUUCUACAACCAACGUAUCACCAAAGAUCCACUGCAUAUUCCCCAUCAUAUAGACAUUCCGAAGCCUGUAUCGUAUCCUUUCGGCCACGGCUUAUCGUACACCGUCUUAUCCCAGAGCCUCCUGCGCACGUCCACCAAGACUGGCACCAUCCAAGGACGAUUCGGACAAGGCGAUAUCAUCACCUUUGACAUCUCCAUAACCAACAGCGGUUCUAUCGAUGGUAGCCUUGUCCCCCCAGUGGUCAUGGCCAACAAGCAGCUGGUAGCCUUUGGGCGGUUUUAUGUGGAAUCGGGAAAGACCGUGGAUGCCACACUGGAGCUGGAUGUGGACCGCUAUCUCCCUACCAUCAACCGCCAAUACGAGCGAGAGCUCGAAAGGGGAGAGUAUAGAUUUGUGCUUGCGGAGGACGGAUCACUUGACGCCCAAGUCUAUGGUGAAGCUGCUUUGAGGGUCGUGGGAUCGCACAAGUAUUAG